GUUGUGGUUCUGCGGUGUUCUAUUUAUAGACUAGCGGGACGCCUCGACACCUCUACCCUACUCGUCCGUAUACACUCACCACAUACAUACAUACAGUAGUACGGACGCACCUAGCAAGAGGAUUCAUCGCUACCACUCCUAUGCCCGCCGACUAGCAUGACCCACCUCCAGGCUGCAACACCACAUCACCGCGUCCCAGGCCGCGAGAUGUCCCGCUCCAGCAUCGCACACGGGAGAUCGACGCCUCGACACCACAGCCCACAUCUCCCUCAUAAGAACCCCUCAAGCCGCCCCAUCCCCAUCCACCAGCCGCAUCACAGGCCUCCACGACGAAGAUGGACAACACCCAGCUGCGCCGCUUAACGUCCGCCCAAACCGCCGCCUCCCUCCGCCAGCACCGCACCACCCUGUCCGACGACGCCGUCUCCACCCACCUCCUGCGCUCCAUCGAGUCCCAGGCCCUCGCCCCGUCCAUCCUCUCCACCUGGCUCACCAUCACCCAGUCCCCUGCGCUGGUCGCCACAUGCCUGUCCACCAGCUUCUCCGCCGCCGUCCGGGCCGCUGCCGUCAAGAGCCUGGGCAGGCUGUGGCGCGGCAGGCAAUGGCGCACGCUCUGGGCUGCGCUCGGCGGCACGCGCGGCCUCCUCGAGCACAUGGCCGAGAUGUCGGUGGUGGAGGUCAAGGCCGUGGCGAAGGCGCUGGGGCGAAUGAGUCCUGUCGACGGGGACGCGCGGGCGAGGCAGGUGGUUGUGACGGAGCUGUUCAAGGCGCUGCAUCCGCGGUACUAUGGGGAUGUACCGAUCCGUUCGGCGGACGCGCGCGAUCUGACGCAUCAGUAUCGUGUCUUGAUCGCGGCUUGCACGUCGGAGUUUGUGGAGCAGUACUUUAGGGCGCAUGGGGAUGCGCUGGGGUUGCUGCAUAAGACUGCGAGGCGGCAGUUGUUGAAUAACCACUAUGAGGUUGUUGGGAGGAUGAUUGACGAGACGCUGUUCGGCGGCCGGGAACGACUCGUCCGGGACCCGGCUCGGUAUAUCGAUGCUAUUGUGGAGUCUGGCUCCCAUGAACCGAGUCCGGUGCCGGGACUCAGCGGGCCGUCGUACUAUCUGUUCAGCCUCUUCCGACGGCUUGCGCAGUCAGACUCGGAUCUGCCUCCGGGCUUCAGCCUUGUCCGGAAUGUUUUGGCCCCGCUGUUGCGGCGGGCUCAUAAGUUGAGCCCGGAAGUAAAGCUCACCAUUAUUGAUCUCGCCAUCCGCUACCUGAGCAUACAUCCCAAGGAGCGGGAUUGUCUUGUGCUCGCGGGCCAUGACAAGGGAUCGUUGAUAUGGCACGUCGUGACGCAUUGGGGCAAAGACCCGGAGAACUUCGACUCCCGACUCUCGUCCAUCCUCCGCACGACGAACCGAAACAACGACCACGACCUCCUGUCGCGCUAUCACGAACUGCUCGGACUAGUCCCCCGCGACCGCAGGUACACUCUGCUGCAAACCCUCUUCCUCCAGAACCCCGUCAAAAGUCUAAGCUUGCACCGGCUCGACGAUCUGGCCAAACUAGCCACCACGCGAUGGCCCGUUAAGAUGUUCCUAGACAUGCCGCCGUCCGAUGCCGUGCCUCUGCUCAAGCGCCUGUCCGACAUCCACACCAAGCAGGACUUCCUCGUCCCGCCACCAGGCACCAUCCACCAGUCCUGCACCCACGCCUACCAGGGGAUUCCCCUUGCCUGCCAACGAGUCGACAGCGAAGUCCUCCUCUGCGCCCUGCGCCGCGGCCGAGACUACGAGUUGGCGAAGGAGUUGGUUGAUGCACGUUGUAAGUUGGCCUCUGCUGCGCGCGACCAGCCCGUGCGCGCGUUCGAGGCAAAGGCUGCGCUUCUGCUCGCCGCUGCAAGCGGGUCCAUCGCCCUGCUUGGAGACACGUUGGCUUGGGCGCGGCGGCUCUCGCGUGAUCCCCUGACGGCCAAGACGAUCUUUGGUGCUGAUGUCUUGCUCCGGCCUGAAGCUGUGAGGACGCUGUCUGGCCUGCCGUUCGAUUCGACGGGGAGUCUCGAUCUGGGGGGUGCAGAGCAUACCCUGAUUCUGGCUGAGAUUAAGAGCAGUGCUGCGAAAGCGAAUGAGGUUCUCAUGCAGCUUCUCGAUUUGGCGGUCUCUGCUAUUCGUGAACCGUCCUUUUCGUCUGGGGAUUGGGAGGCUGUCAGAGCUACGUUUGAAUAUGUCGCGUGGGAACGGAUCAAGCAGGCUUGUCAUGUCAAGAGGUGUCUGGCCCUUGCAGACGAGCAGUUGUACGAUGCAUUGUUCAAGAGCACGCUGAGUACACUUCUCAGGGCGGAGGAGAUAGGCUUGGCUGAAUCGAACAAGGCUCUCGAGUUCAACGGGGCGUUUGGACCGGCUUCUGUCGGAUAUCGCUUUCUGGACUUGCAGGAUCUGGGAGAUACCCCUGCUGCAGCAUAUACGUUCAUCGACGAGCUGGCCAAGGCUCGAGACGCGCUGUGGCGUGAGCAUCGGGCCAGCAUUACGCCUGCGGUCGUCGCGCUGCCGUCUCCGUGGCCAAGGGGACUGCCACUGCAGUGUCUCAUCCGACCGUUCGAUAUCGCAGUCCCCGCGGCAGAUGGUCACACGCCGUAUAUUGCGGACCGAGCAAAGUCAAUUGUGUUCGCUGAUCCGUCUCUCAUGAUGGCGAGCGCCCCGGGAGAUGACGACAAGGAUAGAGAAUUGAAGGAGACGAUUGGGUGCUUCAUCGAUGCAUACGGAAUCGCACUCAAGAUAUAUGUCGACCAAGCACCUUCCAAGAGCGCCAGAGUCGAGCGCUGUGCCGCUGCCGUCAAUCACCUUCUGGACAACUUUCGACGUGGGCCUCAUGACGCUGCUACCAGCCACGAAGCCGCGCCUGAUGCUGAAUUCCUGCGUCUUUGUGGCUAUGUCUCGGAGCACCUACCACUAGAGCUGCUGUGCGAGGCGCUGCAGAAAGACACGGAAGACUUCGAGCCUGUCUCCCGACCGUACAACUACCCCCUGAUACCAGAAGACGCAGACCCGAACGUCCAGGACGAGUGGGAUCCCAACGAACUGAAACCCGCGGAUACCAAGAGUAAACCUGUGACCGAGCUCGUCAAUCUCGAUUACUUCCUCGAGGCGGGCCGGCUCAACGCGUUCUGGUACACCGAUAUAUUCGCGGAGUCGUUGACGCCAGAGAUCUUCACGGCUGCGGUUUCGUUUCCCACUGUGUUUGAGAGCAGAGGCACCAAGGCAAAGGCGCAUCUCGUGCGCGAGGCUCAGAUUGCGGUGUCUUUGCUGUACCUCGAUGCCAUGGGGAAGGGAUCUCCAAGAGUACUGGCCUCGGCGUUUCCAUCGCCAGAUGACGCUCGCUUCCCACCUCUGUUCCUCAGCAUCGACUUCCUGGGCAAGACCACCGAGCACGACAAAGCGUUGCACUCGCUGGCCGAGCUGCGCUGUCUACGUGCGGUCCCGCCCAGCCUCCUGGCUCAGCUCGUGUCGUCGGCCUGGAGCCAAUAUCUCAGCAUGUCCAAGGCCGAUUCGAAAAUCUAUCUGCGCGAGAGAGUGGCAUAUCAGCUCCUUCGCCUGCUGACUCUGAGCGACGCGCCGCAGCUGGCCUCGAGCCUGAUCUUGCGCGCCGUGCUCGACCAUCCGGACGCGAGCUCUUGGCAUCGUCUUGUCCUCUCGCCCAGAUUCCUGCGCAGGAUGUCGGCGUCCCGGGUCCGCGCUUUCAUGGCCUCGUUUGCGGACGAGAUACGGCAGAAGCUUGCGCUACAGAGCAAGAGUAACUCCAAGCCCGAUGCUGGGACGGGAGAUGAGGCUCAGCCUGCACAGAAAGCGCCCGCGGUCAAGGUGACGACGGUCAAGUACCUGGCGCAGCUGCUCGAUCGGAGUAACUUUAUUGCCCCGAGAUUCGCGCUUGAUCUGCUUGGUGGCCUGUUUGAAGACGCGAGGCAUAUCGACAUCCGCACCGCGAUCGUGGAGAGCUUGCUCGGCAUGCUCAGGGCGAACACGGGAGUCGUCGACCGCGCGUUUGCAGAGCGGAUUCUCGACGUGCUGGAGAGGGUGGUGCCUGUUGCGGCAAGCCUGGACGAGAGGAAGCCGUUGUCCGAUCAGGAGAUGCUCGAUGCCGAAGACCGGCUGGAACUCCCGACGGUGUGGUCCGAGGGCCAGAGGUUCGACAUCAACAGGCCGCCGAUACUGGACUUGCUGGUCGGUUUCGAUGCGUCUGGUUCGUGGCUUGGGGACGUCUACAUGCAGCGCAUCAUCGUUCCCGUCAUCGAGCAGUCGUGCGAGAAUAAUGCUCGCUGGCUCAGGAUGUUUGCUAAGAGCACUGGCUUCCUGGCUUUUGCAGAGCUCCCUGCCCUCCCGGUCAAACCUGGCAUCCUUCGCAAAGCUCUCUCCAUGCCGGGCGCGAAGCCGUUCUCCCUGGUGGAGCGCCAGCAUGCCUUUGUGAUGCUGAAUCUCAAGCCCCCGUCUGCACUGCGCGACGAUAUCAACAAGCUGCACGCCGAUAAAGUGCGAAAGUCCGCUGCAGGUCUCCACGCCCUGUCGCUAGUCGACCGGAAGCUCGCCGCGCUGGAAGCAGACGACUUUUGGGUCCCAUGCUCGCUGUUCUCGUCCUUGAAGUACGACGGUCUCGAGCACGACGCCGCGUGUAAACGUCUGUAUGACCUCGCCCUCGAAGAAGCCCAAUCCGUCAUCUUCGACCAUGGCGGCAAAGACCUCAGGGCGUGGAACAUGCUCACCAGCGGAAUCAAGACGCGCUUCGGCAGUCUCGCCGCCGGCUCAGGCACCAGCUGCCCCUGGCAGUACGACAGCAGAUCAGACCAAAGAACACGCUCGCAAGCCACGAUGUGGACCUACGGCCGGCCCUGGAUAGACAGAGUCCUGUCGCUCAUCGAGCAUCUCCGCGACAACGACGACGCCUGGAAAUCGAACCCCGACCGCACGCCCAAACUGCUCCCGCCCACCCUCGCCAUGAGACUCCACACGCUGGUCAUCAACCGCCUCGCCGGGCCCCACCAGACGAUCAAGGAGCGCCAGCUCGGCUUCGCAGACUUGAUCGUCCGCCUCAUCGACCGCGUCCUCGAAUACCCGCAGUACUGGGACCAGUACCCGCUCGUCCAGAGCGCCGCACAACAGAUUGACGUAUCAGACUACGCGUUUGUCGCUCACGCCAUCGCCACGCAUGAUCCGUCCCGCACACCCCUCUCUACCGAACAAGCCCUCGAACCAUGGCUCCAGCCCAGCUGCUCCCACCCUGCCACGAAGGCGUCGAAGCCAGAUAUCAACAACCCCGAUCGCGCGCUCUACAUGCGGAUUGAUGUAGCGCAGAUGCUGAUUAGGCGGUGUACGGGCGGGGUGCGUGAGGACGGGGAUGUGUGUCUUGUUGUUGACUUGUUGGAUGCAUUGCAAGAUGGGUAGAGAGUUUAGUCUUGGCCUGGGGUGUGAAGAUGGAGGGUAGGUCGUGGUGAUUAUCAGUGCCGUUGUUCAGGGGGAGUGUGUAUAUAUAACCGUCACCGUUAAUAAACGCACCGAUCGAACACUUGGACGCCGUUCAUUCGUUUUCCCCCUUUCCCCACAAUCUACUAGGUGCGACAGAG